AUGUGUCUCCUGUAUCAUUACUAUUUGAACUCUGCAUUAAUUAGUAUAAUCAAAUGCUCUUUCCUUUUUGUCUAUACCUGUGAGACUGUUCACAGCCCAAUCGAAUAUGGAAAGUGUCACCAUUAUGAGUCAUGUUUUUCACCUUUUACAUCAAGAGUAAGGACUACACCUUAUCAGGCACCUGUAAGAAGACAGAUGAAGGCAAAACCUGCCAGUUCAGCACCUUGUGGUGUUACUAGUGUUACAGCACGGCGAAUCCUGAUGUCAUUAGAGAGAAUGUCCAGUCCAUUGGCUGAUGCUAAAAGAAUACCAUCAGCAUCAUCUCCAGUAUCUCCUGGUCAGGACAGGAGUUUAUUGGAUGACAGAGGAGUGGGACUACACAAGAAAAAGGUAUUAACCCAGUACCCUCCUGUUCAGAAACUUGUGACUCCGAAGGCAGUUUCUGUUACUGCAAAUCGAAGAUUAUAUUUCAAGCCGUCUUUAUCAUCAAGUGUCUCGCUUAAUAAAAGAACAAGAACAGAGAGGAGUGUGGAGAAGCAAGUUAACAGCAUUCCCGAUGAAUCAUCACUGAGUACCAAAAAUGUUUCUUGCCCUGCUUUCAGUACUCCAGCAGCAAAUGGCUUGACUUUGGGCGGAGCUGGUGGAAAGAUAAGAAGGGAAAGAAACGCACACUUGUCUACAAAGCCUUCUCAAGAGGAGCAGCUUCGAGUCCCUGAUCUUCCCAGAGUUGCUCUACCCAUUAGUGCUGCUUCUUUACCAUCAUUUUCCUUUGGUGCAACUCCAUCAUCUGCAUCAUCAGCUCCUACUUUUACAAAACCAGUGUCUGAAAAGGUUCCAGUAACAGACAGAGUCAGUAGCAGCCCUACUUUUACCUUUUCUUCUCCAAUUGUGCUGUCCACAGAAACUGUAUCACCUGUAAAAUCUGCGGACUUUAAGUUUUGUACUCCAGUUGGCAAAAUUGCAAGUUCAUCAGCAGUAACUAGCAAAAGCAGUGGAUUUAAUUUUGGUGUCUCGCGUACCGUUCUGGCAAGUGUAUCUGCAACAAGUAGCAUAAUGACUUCAGUUAAAGACUCUGCUUCACACUUGUCUACUGGAGGGAUAUCUUUCAGUAAAAAGAAAGCUGUUGAAUUUGAGGGUGCUGUUAAACCUGCCAAAGAACUUAAGGAAGGGAGUGUGUUGGACAUUCUGAAAAGUCCUGCCUUUGCUUCACCUAAACUAUCUACUCAGCCCCAGUCAGCAUUGACCUGCACUACUUCUGCUUUUACAAACAACUUUAAACCUGCCACAGUAGCUUGGCAGAGUGCCACCCGUCUUAAAGAAAACAGUGCUGUGGAUAGAAAAUGUGUAAAAAGUCAGGAAUAUAAACCUGAUUUGGCAUUGGCUUCUUGUGGAAUUCAAAAUAUAGAUACCAGCCAUAUGAAGACUGCACCACAAAGCUCAGAGAGUUUAACUGGUUUUGGUGAAAUGUUCAUACCUCCUCCUGGGACUUGGGAAUGUGAUACCUGUUUAAUACUGAAAUGUGACAUCCCAAAGCCUGGAACUGGCGUCAAACCUGCCCUGACUUUACCAGUUGUUAGUGACAGUGGUCAGUCACUGAUAACACCUUCAGAUAGCUCUACCUUGACUACAACUGUAUCUUUAGGAACUGGUUUUGGGGACAAAUUUAAAAAGCCAGAGGGGUACUGGGACUGUUCAACGUGCCUUGUGUCAAAUAAACCAGAAGACAGCAAGUGUGUGGCUUGUCAGACUGCAAAACAAGGAGGUCCUGUGGUUGGUAGUGUUCCAACCUCUGUUCCAAAUAUGUGUGGAGGACUACUGGGAUUUGGUGAUAGGUUCAAGAAACCUGAGGGUAGCUGGAAUUGUGAGACUUGCUUAGUACAAAAUAAAGUGAAACCAGGCACUAAGGGAGAAGCCAAGGGAGGUCCUGUGGUCAGUAGUGUCCCAACCUCUAGCUCGAAUGUGCAUGAAGGACUCCUGGGAUUUGGUGAUAAAUUCAAGAAACCUGAGGGUAGCUGGAAUUGUGAGACUUGCUUAGUACAAAAUAAAGUGGAUGCUACUCAGUGUGUUGCUUGUGGUGGUACCAAACCAGGCAAUAAAGAAGAAGCUAAAGGACCAUCUUCCUCUGUUGGCACACCUUUUAAGUUUGGAGUUCAGCCAUCCUCUGCAGAGAAAAAGAAAAAAGAC